GUCACACGCACAAGCGGCGUUGUCUCUAUGGCUGCGGUAGACGCCAAAGAGAUUAGCUGGGAAAUAAUCGCUAAAGUCAAUUUGUACUAGUCACAUAGACGACCACAGCACUAAGUAUAGACCCGUUAACCGGUUACGGUUUACAUUUAAUAAGCAACAGUUUCCGUGUCAUUUCUGAAAAUUUGACUGCGUAGUUACAGAUGGCUUCAUGCUAGCAGCCACCUAGCCGCCAAGCUAAUGCUAAGUACCGAGCAGUAAAGCUGUAAUGUCGUUGUUAUAAAAAUCUCCUAAAUCUUGAACAGGUUUACAUACAUUUAUUCAUCAAACAGUGUAACCUUCCCAAUGUAUCGCAAAGAGAAGAGCAUCCAGAUUAAGAACAGCGCGUCUGCGUUGUACAACAACUUGAGCACGCUGCGCAUCGCCCCGCGGCGCCUCACCUACUUCACCGUGGUCCACGCCAAUGUGGUCAAUAUGGUCAGCGCGUCGUGGGAUGGCAUCAACUACUCCCACCGUCAGCUGCAGUCCAAGGAGCCUAACGUGGCCACAAGUCCAUCGCUCAUCAUGCAGGCUGCAUUUUGUGUUUUGCCUUCUCGAGAUAUGCUGGUGGUGACGUCACAAAAAGGCAUUCAAAUGUAUGAAUCUGAUGGCUCUAUAAUGGUGUACUGGCACGCACUGGAAACAACUGAAACACAAACAGCUCAAGCUGUGUUUGCUCGAGGGAUUGCUGCUGUUUGGGAAAAUUACAUAUGUGUUGGUGUGUCUUCCAGUGCAAUUAUGGUGUUUGACAUUCCCAAUAAAGGCAGUAAUAUCACAAUGUCUGAGGUGCUGGAGGAGCACAUUGAUCCCAUCACAGACUUGGCUCCUGAGUGCUCCGGCAGCCAGGAGUGCAUAGCUGACCUGGUCAGUGCAGAUGAUCGCGGCACCUUGUGUGUGUGGAAGUCUGGGGAGGAGUUUCAGCUUCUCAACAAGAUUUGCGGAUUUGAUGUGAGCUGCUCAUCCGUGAAGCUGUGGAAAGGUACAGUGGUGGCUGGUUACGGAACAGGCCAGAUCUGUCUCUAUGAGGCAGUGACGGGAAUUCUGCAUGCUGAGAUCAACGCCCAUGCUCGCUGGAUAUACUCGCUGGACAUUGCUCCCUUUUCUGGGCUGCUCCUGUCUGCUGCUGAGGACUCUUUUGUGAGAGUGUGGCACCUGACAGUAACUCCAGAAACCAACAGUGUGGAGGUUGCCCAUCUACACAAUGAGUGUGUAAUUGACACACAAAUCUGUGGCGCCAAGUUUUGUGACGGAGAUGGAUGCGCCUUUGCUGUGACAGGAUACGACCUCAAUGAGAUUAUCUGCUACACGCAGACGUAGGACAUCACCUUUAUCACGGAUGAGUAUUUCGAUAUCAAAACGGAUGUAAUUGGAUAUUUCCGCAAAGUGAUCUAGAUGUAGCACAGUCAGAGCUCAGUGGGUAUCUGAUGACAGUGUUAUUUCAGGGCAUUUAUACGUCUUCAGACACACAUUAAAUGAAUCAGAUGUUUUUAAAUAUAGUCUAUUGAUAUAAUGGAAAUGUUUACAUGCUUGUGAAAGUUGUUUCAAACAUUAAAUAUUCUACUCUUUCA